UCAAGCUACUGCGUGUCCAUCCUGAUGGGAGAAGGACGGCCCACCGCUCAUGAAGAAAUAUGGGCACAGAUUACUCAACUGGCAGCACAGUCCAAGCUGCCAUGGAAUCAGUCGCCAUGAUUGCCACCCCGCCUCGAGAAAACCCUCUGGUUGCCUGGUUGAGAGCCUACGCCCUACAGGAGGUCCUCAUCGGGAACCUGUCAGAUGUCCCUCCAUCACACGAUUGCGUUGCCUGUACAAGACCAAAGGCCUCAGAGGGAGGGUCCCCCUUCCUCUGGGAGUUCCUCCCCCUCACGAACCUGACUCCACAGCAUCCAGCUUCAGCCUGCAACAACACAAACUGGGUUCAUCGGCCUCUGUUCACGUGCAACACCACCAGCGACGACCGAAGACCCAACUCAUUCGCCCCUGUUGCGGUGACAGGACCACUCCCAGCAGCCCCCUGCAUCGUGUUCUUUGGCUUCUCCAAUCCCACUCCGUUGGGGCAGUAUCCCAAUUGCACCCAAUGGUUCAUAGGACCUCGGCCUAACUCAAACCCCAAGAAAGGAAGCUCAAGAUACCGCACUGAGUUCACCAGGACAAGUGUGGCUCUGUGGGAACAACAUUGCCCGGACUGCUCUACCCGCAUUCCCAAAGGGGGUAUGUGCCAUCGGGCAACUCGUCAUAAAGGGAGGAGGGCUCUUUCACCACCGUCGCCCCUUCUUCUCCUCACCACGCAAACGACGAACAGCCACCGCAUGGGAGCAACUCAAGUCAGCCACCGAGAUGGUCAUAGGAGGCAAAUCCGUGGACUGUCGCUUGGUCUGGAGGCCCUCACCAACAUCACAGUAGAAGGACUUCGUCGAACCAGCGACGCCCUCACUAUCCUAGCCAACUACGCCGAGCAGAACCGUCUUCUGAUCCAGACCAUCCUACAGAAGGACUUUUGUGUCGCCUUGGAGGACCUCGAUCCUCGCUUUAAAGGACAAUGUUGCCUGCGCCUUCAGCCUGGGUGGAACAAUGUCUCAGCCGUGGCUGACCAACUAUCCUCCCUCGCCGUCCAGAUUCGUGAAGAGCGUAAGCAGUGGGAUUGGUGGCAAGCUCAGUGGUCCAGCUGGGGGUUGAGGACCUGGGCUCAGUCCAUCAAGCAGUGGCUUAUUACUGUGGCUAUUGUUCUUGUGGCCUUUCUGUUGGGGAUACCAGUGGUCAAGCAGCUAAUUCAUAAGGUUGUGUCAGCCCUGCCUUUGCAGGAUAAAGCUACUAUACCUAUUGGUGACAUAAGGACUCAGUAG